UCCGCCCUUUGUCUGAGGUGACCGACUUGUUUCAAGAACCCAAAGCGCUUUUUAGGUCCGGGUGGAGGGUCACAGCAGGCGUUCCUACACGUGUGACCACUCGGAAACCUCGUCCAGAGAGGAUCAUAUUCAUUCAUGAAAUUAUCUGUAACUCUAAUGUAUUGGACUUGUACCUGUAGGCGUAAGUAACUGCUGAACUGACCUCAACUCGGGAAGGAAAUGCCGUUCAAAGUGAAAGUUGUAUAGCCUUCACUACUUACACUACUUAACAGUUCGGGGAAUUUAAACAUAUAUUUUGAUUGGACUUCUCAUUUUAGCUGACAACAUGAAGUUGUAGGCGAUCUGUCGUCGACUUUCAGUUUAGUUUGCAGUGGUUUAACCCACAGUAGUUGACUGUAAAGUUUACAGCCUACUCAAUGAGUAUAUUUAGCAUACUAGUUUAAUAUGAGUGAGAAACAAGCGUUAGGAGACACUACACUUAACGAGGAUCAAACUAAAGGCAAUGGGGUGGACUUAGAGAACCAUGUCAAACUGGAUGAGGCGGGUGACGCUGUGCAAUGCGCCGACAAUCAGAGUCAGCUGGACGGUCAUGAAGCGCUGCGACCCACCCGCCUGUACAAACGGCGCUGGAUGAUCGUCCUCCUGUUCAGCUCAUAUUCACUGUGCAACUCCUUCCAAUGGAUACAGUACGGCAUCAUCAACAACAUUUUUAUGAAGUUCUACGACGUGGACGCCUUCACCAUAGACUGGAUGUCUAUGAUCUACAUGCUGACAUACAUUCCCUUCAUCUUCCCGGUGACCUGGCUGCUGGACAAAAAGGGGCUACGGGUCAUCGCGCUUGUGGCCACUGCGCUUAACUGUGCAGGCACAUGGAUCAAAGUGGCCAGCGUCAAACCCAACCUGUUCGCCGUCACCUUUCUGGGGCAGUUCUGCUGCUCGUGCGCGCAAGUGUUCAUCCUCGGGAUGCCGUCUAGAAUCGCGUCUGUGUGGUUCGGUUCAGAGGAAGUGUCCACCGCCUGCUCCAUCGGAGUCUUCGGGAAUCAGCUGGGUAUUGCCAUUGGGUUCCUUGUGCCUCCCGUCCUGGUGCCUAAUGUGGACGACUUGGACGAGCUGGCUCAUCACAUCAGCAUUAUGUUCUACAUCACAGCAGGAGUGGCUACCUUACUCUUCAUCCUUGUUAUCUUUGUCUUUCAGGAGCGUCCUAAACUUCCUCCGACUCAGGCCCAGGCCACAGCUCGUAGCAUCCCUCCAGAGCAGUACUCCUACACGGCCUCUAUUCUCAGGCUGCUCCGCAACAAGCCCUUCAUCCUCCUCAUCAUCACUUACGGUUUGAACGUGGGUUGUUUCUAUGCUGUUGGCACCCUGCUGAACCGAAUGAUCAUUGAGCAUUACCCUGGAGAAGAAGUGAAUGCUGGGAGGAUUGGCCUCACUAUUGUCAUUGCAGGGAUGGUCGGCUCCCUGAUCUGUGGCAUUUGGUUAGACAAAACUAAAACUUACAAGCAGACAACCCUCGCAGUCUACUUCAUGUCUCUGGUGGGAAUGAUAGUCUAUGCUGCUACACUCAAUCUAGGACACCUCUGGGUGGUCUUCAUCACCGCUGGAGCUCUCGGGUUCUUCAUGACGGGCUACCUGCCGCUGGGCUUUGAGUUUGCAGUGGAGCUGACGUACCCAGAGUCAGAGGGAACCUCAUCCGGACUCCUCAACUGCUCAGCACAGGUAUUUGGCAUUAUAUUCACCAUCUGCCAGGGGAAGAUUAUGGAGCGCUUCGGCACACUGGCAGGAAACAUCUUCCUCUGUGUUUUUCUUUUAAUCGGCACAAUAAUGACAGGCUUAAUUAAGUCUGAUCUGCGGAGACAAAAUGCAAACAUGUUGGCCAAAGCAGCAGUAAGUGAGACUAAGGCGGAGGGGCAGAAGUCGGGACAAGACUACGGAGCCACCUCGCUAAUCACCCAUCCGCAGACUCCUCCUUCACACGCCUGAUCAAUAAACCUUUCUGCCUUCACAAAAAAAUCUCCUCAAAUCUUAGCUCAACACUCAGAUGCACAAAGGUAGGAGCACAGAGCAAUCAACAAACACUUUCUAUAAUCACAACACAUGCUUCACAUCUAUCCACCUGUCACUGUUAAACCUCUGUUUCUUACUCGGUUUCUUACCAUCACGCUGAAUAAAAUUCACACAAUCAUGUAAAUAUGAAACUUUUUUUUACUAAGCCUGUUUCAAUUUGUGAUUUCAGAUCGUUAAUACAAAACCAUUGAGGCUUAUUUGAAACUACAGCUUUUUAAUUGUUUUAGUAACACCUGUGCUUGUCUUGCUUAGAAAAGUCAAAAUGUCUGCUGUUAAAAAGGCCAAUUAAUGUGCUUUUAUUGGUAUAGUUGUGUGUUUUCAUCUAGCAUGUAGUCCGUUACAUACAGUACAGUUCAUCAAGAACGGAGUACAUUUGAAAAAGUCAAAUACAUACUGGUAACCACAAAGAAGCAGUCAUAUUUACUUACUGAAGCUACAGAAGCGGCUUUAGCAUUUUAAUUGAUUAUGUUGGUCCUGUCUUUUCUCCUUUGCGAAGAGUGUAUCCUUCAAAUUAAAAGUAUUCUGCACCUUAAGUCUAUCAGUAAUCUGUAGCUACAGAAUAUACAAGUAAGAUGAUGUGGAAACAAAAUCCACAAAAACAUUUGGGCCUCUUUUCAAUCAUAUGUUAUCUUGAAUGUGAAUGUGUGGAGGAAAUAUUUAAAGGCUGUCUGUACUCUUUAUGAUGAUGUUAGACAAAGUCUACAGA